AGAUGACGUUGCCCGCGGGCAUUUCCGGUUUGGGAGCCCCCUGAGCGUUUCCCGGGAGCUGGGCGGUUCCCAGCCGCCGGGAUGCACCGGCGGGGGGUGGGAGCGGGCGCCAUCGCCAAGAGGAAGCUGGCAGAGGCCAAAUACAAGGAGCGAGGGACGGUUCUGGCUGAAGACCAGCUGGCUCAGAUGUCUAAGCAACUGGACAUGUUUAAGACCAACUUAGAAGAGUUUGCCAGCAAACACAAGCAAGAGAUUCGUAAAAAUCCCCAGUUUCGGGUCCAGUUUCAGGACAUGUGUGCAACUAUCGGAGUGGAUCCAUUGGCAUCUGGUAAAGGAUUCUGGUCAGAGAUGCUGGGAGUUGGAGACUUCUACUAUGAGCUGGGUGUUCAGAUUAUUGAAGUUUGUCUGGCUCUGAAACACAGAAAUGGAGGUCUCAUAACCCUGGAGGAACUUCAUCAGCAAGUGCUGAAGGGAAGAGGGAAGUUUGCCCAGGAUGUCAGCCAGGAUGAUCUCCUCCGCGCUAUCAAGAAGCUGAAAGUUCUGGGCAGUGGCUUUGGGAUUAUUCCUGUCGGAGGGACAUAUCUGAUCCAGUCUGUACCAGCUGAACUGAACAUGGAUCACACAGUGGUUUUGCAGCUGGCCGAGAAAAAGGGGUAUGUAACUGUCAGCGAGAUCGAGUCCAGUUUAAAGUGGGAGAUGGAACGUGCCAAGCAUGUGCUGGAACACCUGCUGAAGGAAGGCAUGGCUUGGCUUGACACACAAGCUCCAGGGGAAUCUCAGUACUGGCUGCCAGCUCUCUUUACAGAACUUUACUCUCAGGAAAUCACUCCAGAGGAAGCAAAGGAGGCAAUACCCUGACUGUUAAGAGGAAAACACGGAGCUUUCAUCUAAUGAAGUGCCUAUGCUACAAUUUACGACAGGGAUGGGAACACAGCAAUUGCGACCACUGUAAGACCAGCACUGUUUGUGUACAGCACCUAGGUGCUACAGUAAUAAACUGAACCUCUGCUCCUUGCAGCUGCAGCAGUUAUGACCGU